GUCGCCCAUGGUCGCGGCAGUGACGCGCACCAAACUACACCCCCCUGUGCGGACCCGUGCUAAAUCUUGGACCCUGCUCCACGUGGGCGGAGAGAGGUGCUUUGCAUCCCCGCUGUGCAACGUUACAGCCGUACUGCCGUUACUGCGCAGUAGUGUCAUACUGCCGAUUCUAAUUACUGCGCAGCAAAGUUACAGGGUGGCCGGUUUGUGACACGGAUGAAAAACUUUUGUUUUUUUUUUUUUUAGUUCAUUUUUGUGUGUGCGCAUUUUCCAUCAUGAGACAUCCUUUUCUAAAAUGUGGUCUGUAAAUUAGUUCAUGGAGAUUACACAUCUAACACGCGCCUGGAAUCCAGAUGAUUACUGGAGUUGUAGAAAGCUAAAAGAUUGAUCGAUUGUGUUUGGGGUUUUUUUUUUUGCUCCUGCUCAAACUUGUUGCUCUUUGCAGCAAGGAAGAGCUGUUUAUUAAGUUGAUGGCUCUCUCAACUGUUUCUGAGAGAGGUGGCAUUUACCAAGACCUUUUCUGGCUUUCGGAUUUGAAUCUUUAUUAGAAUUUCAUUACUGGGAAGGGUGAAUACAUUGGGGCCAGGACACAUCAGGUGGCCCAAGCCUGCAGGAUCCCCGCCGCCCCCAGGGCUGUAACAGAGGCCAGUAGGAUUCUGUAGCCAUUCCAGGCUAGAUUCAUCAUGAUAACUCCAGCAUUUGAACUUAGCCAAGAUCCAGAUUUUCUUACAAUAACAAUCAAAGUACCUUAUGCCAGAAUUUCUGAGUUUGAUGUGUACUUUGAUGGGGAGGAUUUUAAAUUUUAUGCCAAACCUUACUUUCUCAGACUGACUCUUCCUGGAAGAAUUGUUGAAGAUGGAAGGGAAAAGGCAUCUUACAAUACGGACAAAGGAAUAUUUACAAUUCAGUUACCAAAGGAGAUUCCUGGACAGUACUUUGACGGCUUGGACAUGCUAACAGCUCUCUUAGCCCCAAAGAAGGCAAGAUCAGCAAAACCUUUAGUGGAAGAGAUAGGUAACUCUGCUGAGCUUGCUGAUGAGGAGGAGGAAGAAGAAGAAUUUGACUGGGAAAUUGAACAGACUCCGUACCAGGAGACUGUAGAAAGCACUUUGCAUUUACAAUGCUCCUAUGGUUUUGGAAACUUAAAGUCAGGAGUGUUUCAACGACUGCAGGUGUCUGAUUUUUCUUUGAAAGGGCUUGAUGAUUAUGAGGUUUCUAAGGAUGAACUUAGUGAUGUUAUUGACCUUAAGGAUCCAGACUCAACUCCUGUCAAAGAACGCAGACAGAAGCGGCUGGCAGCUGAGGCUGCCAAGUUUGAUCCUGAUCAUUACCUUGCUGACUUUUUUGAAGAUGAAGCUAUUCAGCUUGUUUUGAAGUACAAGCCAUGGUGGGUUGAUGCCUAUGAGAAAAAGAUGGCUUCCCAAGAAGGGAGUCAUCAGGAACAGGAGAGUCAGACAACUUUUGUUGUCUUUUCGGAAGAAGAGAGAGAGCAGCUGAGAAAAUUCACAAAUAAAUCUUACCUGCUGGAUAAAAGAACCUGUCAUCAAGUAUAUCUCAGCUUAGUUGAUAUCCUUCUGGCAUAUUGCUAUGAAGUCCGUGUUACUGGAGGAGAAAAGAAUGUUGAAUCACCUUGGAGUAUCAGAAAACUAAGUGCAACAUUGUGCUGGCUUGAGACUUUCAGUAGUGUUCCGGACGUUCUGGUAUCCUUCGGAAGAAGAGUUUUGUGUUACCCGCUCUACAGACAUUUCAGAUUGGUGACGUGUGCAUUCAGUGACGCAGCCAUGGUACUGCAGUUAGGUAAAAGUGCUGUUUUGAAGUGUCUGCUGGAUAUUCACAAGAUUUUUCGAGAAAAUGACCCUGCCUACAUCCUUAAUGAUCUCUACAUUUCAGACUAUUGUAUUUGGAUUCAAAAAACCAAGUCCAAAAAGUUGGCAGCACUUGGUGAAUCUUUGCAGCAAGCCAAAAUUACUAAAGCUCACCUAGGAUUUGAGCUAGAAGAGCUGGAAACAGCAGCAGUUCUAGUACAGGAGGAAGAAAGUGAGUUAAAAGCUGCCGGUGCAGUUUCCAAGCAACAGCUGCCUUCCUCUGAGUUAGAGACAAGUGACUCUGAAGAAUCAAGCAGCACUUCAUCAUCUGAGACAGAAGGCUCUGAUUCAGAUGAACAAGAGUCCUCAACCAGUGAAGAUGGGAAAAUAAAUUCUUUACAAGGCACACUCCAAGAGAAGAGGACAGCCCCACUUAUUGACUGUAAUGGAUUAAGGCGAGAGACAAACACUUUGACGCUAGAUCUUAGUAAUGAAAAAUCAAAGGCUCCUUUACAAUCUACAUCUGUUCCUGGAAAACUAAUAGAGGAAUUAGGAAAGCAAAUGCAGACUGCAAUUAAGCUUUCAGAACAGCCUGAAGGAUUGGCUGCUACAAGCUACCCUGCUUUGCAGGAGAAAGGAGCAAAUUGUGCAGCUGAACCCAAGAUACUAUCACAAGAUCCUGCUGGAAAGGUUUGGCAGCAGGGGCAGACCCUUCAGCCUUCAGGCUGUAUGUUUGGAAGGCUGGCUUAGAUCACAGCUGAAACUGAGCUUGUGGUCGGCAAACCCUUGGCUGCAGACCCAAGCCACGUACAGGUGUUGUGCUUCUUCACUGCUCUCCCGAUAGAAACCACAAGCAUACAGUAUCAAGUUUCUCCUGCAGGAAAAAAUUUCUCCUGUGAAAGAGCGAGCGAGCUUCCUCUUUCAAGGAGGAAGAUCUCUCUUGUGGACAAGUUUCUCCUGCAGGAAAGACCCCUGGACACUUCCUUAGUCGCAUACAGCACGAAAAAGCAGAAACACCUCUUGGAACAACAGCUUUUCACCCGAGAGCGCCGCAACUUGGUCUGAAAGCAUCGGGAAGGUACAAAGCAGCACACAUCAUGCCCUCUAAUUGCUCGUGGACGUGUGGGAGACAUGGAUGAAUAACUCAUAAAUGUUAAUGAGACAUUUAAGCAUAAAUCACCUGUAUAUCAAGAUGAGGACAGCCCCCUGAAGUCCUUCUCCUAAGCACUCUAGGCUGUGACAAGGGGGUGAUAAGGUAUCCUACUUACCAGUGGCAUAAUUAGUUUCUGCCUUGUGUCCGCAGUUUUUGGCAAUUAGCAGAAAUGUCCCAUUUACUACCGUAGACAACCCGGAAUUCAUGUUUUGCUUGAUGUAACUCCUCCCACUCUAAUAUGCUGCAUUGUCCAUUGAUUUGCCUAAUUAUGUGUAUUACAACUGCAUAAGGCUCACUGUAGCAGCAGGGGUCCUUACUCUGGAAUGAGGAGGAUGAUUGUUCCAUCUGUUCCUUCUGAGCUGAAGGGAAAAGCUGAGGGGGGAGGAGGGGGUGAUGGUGGAGAGAGGAAUUACCAUUUAGUGCAGGUGUCUCUGGAAGGGGAAUCCCACUGCCAGGUGCCAACAGACAGCAUUGCCAACCUCCUGCGUAUGCUUAAUUACAGUAUAUUGAGACUUCCCAUGUAAAAUCAGGGCAGGCAGUUGCAACUGAAGUUUUGAAGCAGACACAAGGGAAUGCGGUUGCAAUGAAUCUAUCUCACUAUGGAGACCCAUGUUCAUAAUUCUGGGAGAUUCAUAUCCCAGUCAAAAAUACUUGCCUGGAAUUAAAUGAUUAAUUUUAAAAUCGGAAUGUAGCAGAGUAAGUGCAGAAAAUAGCGUCACAAUAUUUGAGUCUGGGAAUCUGUGUUUAAAUGACGACAUUUUAAAAUGCAAAUAUGGCAACCCUUAAUGAUAUAGGUCCUAAUUCAGGACAGCAUGUAAGCUCAGACUUGAACGUAACCAGAGAGAGGUAACCAAAACUCAUAGGAGUGAAUGCAGGUUUGAAUUCUCAUUCUGGCGUUGCCUCAAACUGACAGUGAAGCCUUGGGUACAUUUCUGCAGUCCUGUCCUCAACAGCCCUUUCCCCUUUGCAAUUCCACUUAGUCUCCAAUUGCUAAUUCCACUUAGACCCUUUUCUGCCAUGCUGCUCACAGAUAAAUCUAGCUGACUUAUACCUAUAACAUCCCUCUAUACUCUUACCUGUUUGUCCAUUUGGCAGUGAGUAUUUUGAGGUCCUGUCUUGAGUAUGAAGAAAACUCCAAGUCAGGGGUCAGCAACAUUUUUGGGCCGAGUGCUGAAACCAUCCACUGUCUUGACUUGUAAGAUGUUGGCAUGCCAGGGAUGGAUGGUGGAGGAGCCGCGAGGCACCGGAUACUCGUUAUGGCAGCACUUUCCCCAUUGUCUGCCACAAGGUGUGCAUGUCAAGCAAAAUGCCUUUGGAUGCCAUGCUCUGGCAUCUGUGCCAGGGGUUACCUAUCCGUGCUCUAACUCAUCGUACUAUUGAAAUAAUGCAGGGAGAAAGGCUGGUGUAGACAAGACUUCUGCAAGGAUUGCCAUGUGUUAUAAAGUUACAUUGUCCUUCUGGGUGUCUCCUUUCACCUUGUGCCUUGUUGGACUAGGGCUCGUCUAUGUGGAUAGAUUGUGUUGGUGCAAAUCUAGUUGCAUCAGUGCAAAAAGACC